AUGGGCAACGAUUCUGCCUUGCUCACCACUUUGCAGCAACGUCUCUCUACUGUGUUUAAAAUUCGUGACUUGGGCACACCAAGUUUCUUCCUCGGCAUUGAAACCAUUUCUACUGACGGUGACCUCUUCCUAUCUCAACGCCGCUACAUGAAUGAUGUCUUAACUCGUGCAGGUAUGGCUGAUUGCAAGCCGCUAGCCACUCCGGCCUCCAUAACUCAAUCUGCUGUCCCGGCAACAGAACCGUUUGAUAAUCCGACACAGUAUUGGCGUCUCGCUGGGGCGCUGCAAUACUUAACCAUCACCCGGCCGGAUCUAUCCUACGCUGUCAACCGGCUCUACCAGUUUAUGCAUGCUCCAACUACUGAACACUGGGGCAUUCUGAAGCGUGUCCUACGCUAUGUAAAGGCCACUCUCUCAUACGGUCUGAAGUUGAUGCCUUCUCCGACUUGUGAUGUACACGCCUACUCAGAUUCAGAUUGGGUCGGAUGUCCGGUUGAUCGAAAGUCAACCAGCGGCUAUGCAGUCUUUUUGGGUUCAAAUCUCAUAUCCUGGGUCUCUCGGAAGCAGAAAACUGUGGCCCGCUCUUCCACCGAGGAUGAGUACAAGGGGUUGGCCGACGUCGCAGCUGAGGUCACUUGGGUUAUCUCGCUUUUGAAGGAACUAGGGUUACAUGCUGGAACACCUACCACACUAUGGUGCGACAAUCUAGGAGCGACCUACAUGUGCGCCAAUCCUUUGUUUCACGCCCGCACAAAGCACGUGGAAAUUGACUUCCACUUUGUUCGUGACAAGGUUACGGCUGGGGACUUUCUGGUGAAUUUUGUAUCGAUGAAAGAUCAGUUAGCCGACAUCUUCGACAAACCGCUGCCAGCAGCUCGGUUCACUUCUCUACGGUCCAAACUCAAUGUAGUCUCUCUACCACCUUGA